AUGGUGAGAGAACCUUCCAUCGCUCUAAAAACUAUUAUGCCUUUUUCGGAGAAUAGGGUAAAACAAAGAAGUUCGGAUUUAGAGGACGAAGCUCCUUUAAUUCAAAAUCGUUACGACGACUGGGCAGAGGAAACAUCAUCUCCAGUAUCUCCGAGGAGACGUCGUAAUAUAGGAACCUCAUCAUCUUCGACGAAAAUUUCAUCAUCUAGAUCUCCACAAGCCAAAGCACGUACAAUUUCAUUUCAUGCAUCAGAUAAAUUUCCACCAAAUGUAGUUCGAAAUCAAAAAUAUAACUUAAUUACGUUUUUUCCGUUGGUAUUUUAUCAACAGUUUCACAUAUUCAUUAAUUUAUAUUUUCUUCUUGUUGCAUUAUCUCAAUUUAUUCCACCAUUGAAAAUUGGUUAUAUUAUCACGUAUUUUGGUCCAUUAUGUUUUGUGCUUCUUGUAACAAUUGGUAAAGAAGCGUAUGACGAUUGGAAAAGAUAUAAGCGAGAUCAAGAAAAUAAUUCUCAAAAAUAUGAAAUAAUGACUCGAAAUGGGAUUAAACUUGUGCCUAGUUCAAAAAUAAGAGUUGGGGACUUAAUUCUAAUUAAUAAGGAUCAAAGAGUAUAUCUAAUAUUGCUCCGGACAACCGAAACAAGUGGUGCUUGUUUUAUUAGGACUGAUCAGUUAGAUGGUGAAACUGAUUGGAAACUAAGGUUGGCUGUGCCAUAUUGUCAAAAGUUACCAUCAAAUGAAAGCCUUUUACAUAUUGAUGCGGAAAUAUAUGCUGAUGUUCCACAUAAAAACAUUCAUAAUUUCAUUGGAAAUUUUUCGAAGGCAGCCCCAGAAAAUUUGACGCCACAUAUUGAAGCUCUUAAUGUUGAAAAUACAUUAUGGAUGAAUACUGUAUUGGCAUCAGGUACCGCUAUUGGAUUUGUGAUUUAUACUGGUAAAGAGACUCGGGCUGUUAUGAAUACAAGUCAUCCAGAGACGAAAGUUGGAUUACUUGAUCAAGAAAUUAAUCGGCUUUCUAAGGUCGAUUUUGUUCGUAGUUACAUUAUUAUUGUCAUUGUUGCUUAUUGCUUUGAAUGGAUUUCGAGGACUCUGAUUAUGAAUGACAAUGAAAUUCCUGAUACAAUUGUACGUACCAGUACAAUACCCGAGGAACUUGGUAGAAUAGAAUAUCUUUUGUCAGAUAAAACUGGAACACUGACUAAAAAUGAUAUGGAGCUCAAAAAACUUCAUUUGGGAACUAUGGCCUAUAAUAUUGAUACUAUGGAUGAAAUUUCUCAUCAGCUUGAAGUAGCAUUUGGAAAGCAGCAAGGAAAAGAGGCACAUGUACCGAGAACGUCUCGAACUGCUGUUCCUACUUCUACUAUCAUAGUUGGAAGGAGUCGUAGAGACAUGACUUCGAGAAUAAAAGAUAUUGUACUUGCUUUGGCAUUGUGUCAUAAUGUAACUCCAGUAAUUGAUUCUGAUAAUGUGAUCACAUAUCAAGCAUCUUCACCAGAUGAAGUUGCCAUUGUGAAAUGGACAGAGUAUGUUGGUCUUACUCUUGUUUUCCGCGAUAUCAAUGAGAUGCAUCUUCGUACAAAGCAUGGUGAUGUCCUUAAGUUUCAAAUUCUGCAAAUAUUCCCAUUCACUAGUGAAAGUAAGAGAAUGGGAAUUAUCGUAAAAGAUAUAACGACAGAGGAAAUUUUUUUUUAUGAGAAAGGAGCAGAUGUUGUAAUGAGUAAAAUUGUACAAUACAAUGAUUGGUUAGAUGAAGAAUGCGGAAAUAUGGCCAGAGAAGGUUUAAGAACUUUAGUCGUUGCACGUAAAAAAAUAUCAGUAGAUGUAUAUAAUGAUUUCACAAACAGAUAUCAUGAAGCAAAGGUAAGUCUUUCAGAUCGUAAAGUUCAAGAGCAGGCUGUUAUAAAUGCAAUUCUGGAACAAGAUCUAGAACUUUUGGGAGUAACUGGAGUUGAAGAUAAGCUUCAAGAUGGUGUAAAGACCACUUUAGAAUUAUUGAGAAACGCAGGUCUAAAAAUUUGGAUGUUAACGGGAGACAAGAUUGAAACGGCAACAUGUAUUGCUAUUUCUUCAAAGCUAAUCUCUUCAAGGAAUCAAAUUAUUCAUCAAAUAUCUAAACUCCAAAAUACUGAAGCAGCUUUAGAAGAAUUAGAAAGUUUACAAGCCAGAAGAGAUUGUUGUUUAGUAAUUGAUGGUGAAUCAAUCCAGCUUUAUAUGGAUCAUUAUCAAUUUGAAUUCAUUGAACUGGCUGUAGAAUUGCCUGUCGUUGUUGCUUGUAGAUGUUCUCCUACUCAAAAGGCUGAUAUAACAAGACUCAUUAAGAAAUAUACAAAUAAAAGGAUUUGCUGUAUAGGAGAUGGUGGUAAUGACGUUAGUAUGAUUCAAGCAGCCGAUGUUGGCGUAGGAAUUGUAGGAAAGGAAGGCAAACAGGCUUCUUUGGCUGCAGAUUUCUCAGUGAUUCAGUUCAGUUAUUUGACAAAACUUUUAUUAUGGCACGGUAGAAAUAGUUAUAAACGUUCUGCAAAAUUAGCACAAUUCGUUAUUCAUCGUGGUCUGAUAAUAUCAGUUAUACAAGCAGUGUUUUCUUCGAUAUUUUAUUUUGCUCCUAUUGCUCUUUAUCAGGGGAUGUUGAUUGUUGGAUAUUCUACAGUUUAUACAAUGGCACCGGUAUUUUCACUCGUGUUGGAUAAAGAUGUGAACGAGGAUAUAGCUUUGCAAUUUCCAGAACUAUACAAGGAAUUGACAAAGGGUCGAUCGUUAUCUUUGAAGACUUUCUUUCAGUGGCUAAUGAUUAGUGUUUAUCAAGGUGGCGCAAUUAUGAUUAUGUCAAUUGUACUCUUUGAGGAUGAAUUUAUAAAUAUCGUUUCUAUCUCUUUUACUGCUUUAAUUCUUAAUGAAUUAUUGAUGGUUGCUUUUGAGAUUAAUACAUGGCAUAGGUUAAUGUUAUUAUCAGAAAUUCUUACAUUAGCUUUUUAUAUUGUUUCAAUGAUAUUUUUACCUACUUAUUUUGAUUUAGUAUUUAUUUUGACUGAAACAUUUGUUUGGAAAGUUGCUGUAAUAACAGCAGUUAGUAGUAUUCCGUUAUAUAUUAUUAAAUUUUUAAGAAGAAGAUAUGCACCACCCAGUUACUCUAAACUUACAUAA